AUGAAGAAACAGUUCAAUCGGAUGCGACAGCUCGCCAACCAAACGGUGGGAAGGGCAGAAAAAACAGAAGUCUUGAGUGAAGACCUUUUACAGGUGGAAAAGCGCCUGGAUCUGGUCAAACAAGUGAGUCACAGCACUCAUAAGAAGCUGACCGCGUGUCUGCAGGGCCAGCAGGGGGCCGAGCCGGAGAAGAGGUCUGUCAAGUCCCCCUCGAAAAAACUACCACUGACCGUCUUAGCACAAUGUUUGGAUGAAGGGGCUGCUGUGUUGGGAGAUGACUCUUUAUUAGGGAAGAUGCUGAAGAUUUGUGGAGAAACAGAGGAGAAGCUGGCUCUGGAGCUGAUCCAGUUUGAGUUUCAGAUCGAGCGAGAUGUGGUGGAGCCUUUGUAUGUGCUCGCCGAGGUGGAUAUCCCCAACAUUCAGAAACAGAGAAAACACUUAGCUAAACUUGUUUUGGACAUGGACUCCUCACGAACCAGAUUUCAUCAGUCGUCGAAGUCGUCCAGUCACCCGAGCACACUGCAGCCUGGAGCCAAGUGCGAGUCUCUGCGGGAGGAGAUGGAGGAGGCCGCCACCCGCAUGGAGAUCUGCAGGGACCAGUUGUCAGCAGACAUGUACAAUUUUGUGGCCAAAGAAUUAGACUAUGCAAAUUACUUCCAGACGUUGAUAGAAACCCAGGCCGAAUACCAUCGGAAAUCAUUCGAGAUUCUUCAAAGUAUCCUGCCCCAGAUUAAAGCGCAGCAAGAGGCGUGGGUGGAGAAGCCGUCGUUUGGCAAGUCCCUAGAAGAUCACCUGAACAUUAGCGGGAGAGAAAUCGCCUUUCCCAUCGAGGCCUGCGUCACCAUGCUGCUGGAGUGUGGCAUGCAGGAAGAGGGUCUGUUCAGGGUGGCACCGUCAGCGUCAAAGCUGAAGAAACUAAAGGCUUCGUUGGACUGUGGGGUUCUGGAUGUGCAGGAGUACUCAUCUGAUCCACACGCCAUUGCAGGGGCUUUAAAAUCAUACCUCCGCGAACUCCCCGAGCCACUAAUGAGCACUGAACUUUACGACGAAUGGAUACAAGCAUCCAACAUUCAAGAUAUGGACAAGAGACUACAAGCACUUAUGGCGACUUGUGAAAAACUGCCCACAGACAAUUUGAACAAUUUUAGAUAUUUAAUUAAGUUCUUGGCCAAGCUGAGUGACUAUGAGGAAUCGAACAAGAUGACGCCCGGAAACAUGGCGAUUGUCCUUGGUCCCAAUUUGCUGUGGACACACACUGAACCAAACAUGACGGAGAUGAUGACGACAGUGUCUCUGCAGAUAGUUGGCAUUAUUGAGCCGAUCAUUCAGCACGCGGAUUGGUUCUUCCCCGGAGAAAUCGAGUUCAACCUGACUGGUUGCUACGGCAGCCCCGUCCACACCAAUCACAACUCCAACUACAGCUCCAUGCCCUCGCCUGACAUGGACCAUUCAGAGCGCAAGCAGCCACACGACCAAAGCCGCCGCCCACUGAGCGUUGCCACGGACAACAUGAUGCUUGAAUUUUACAAGAAAGAUGGCAUUAGGAAAAUACAAAGCAUGGGCGUGAGGGUGAUGGACACGACCUGGGUCUCUCGAAAGGGCUCGUCCACAUUGUCGAGGAAGACAUCGUGCACUCCCCCGGGCAUGCCCUCUGCCGGCCUGUCUGCAGACUCACUGAUACCAGAGCAGCCUGGAGAGCUCGUACCCUCGCCCUCGGCCACGCCUCCGCUCAGCGACAGGGCCUGCUCAGAUCACGUGAUUCCCAAUCGGCCAGACACCUCUCAUGCCCACUCGCUACAGGGGGAGGACCGGCCACCUCCACCUUACCCCAUGUCGUCGUGCCACAGUAUGACGCACCACUUCUACCCCAAACCCCCGCCUUGUGCCCGUCCAGUGGCACCAGGUCCAGAGUCUCAGCCCCCUGGAUCGCCUCCAGCCCCCCUCCGCUGGUCUGGCUUUACCCCCCCAGUCCCACACCCUUCCUCCUCUUCUUCUUCUUCUUCCUCCUCUCUUGAUAUCAACUCAAAUCCCAAACCCAGCUGUCUGCACUUUGUAAAGCACAGUCCUCCUGGUGACAUGUCACAUGCCCCCUCGGCCUCAGACACAAGCGCCUCACCUCUAUACAUCAAAACAUCUCUGGUCCUCAGCCGCCACGAUCAGGCCUUUGGUAACCCCCCUAGCCUUCCUUCAUCUGCGCCCCCACCCCCCCCAUGGGCCGCUUGUCCAAGUGCCAGAGAGAGAGGACCUUCCAGACUGACUAGUUCUUUGAAGAGUAAGGAGCUCUCUCCUGUGAUUGGCCACAAAGCCAUCCAGGUGGCGACUCCAACGGUUCCACUGAACUGUAGUCCCCAGAGCAGCAGCCAGUGCCCCCACUCCACAGAGCACAGCCCGCACUCUCUGCGCAAAGGUUCUAAGAAACUGGCUCCAGUGCCUCCUAAAGUCCCAUUCACUCAGUCUGGUGGAAUUCCUGACCAGUCUGCGGGCCAGCCCUCACCAGUCAGCCUGUCCCCCACCCCUCCCAGCACCCCGUCCCCUUAUGGACUGAGCUGUCCUUCAGGGCCAUUGCCUCCCUCCUCUCCCGGACAGACUCCGCUCGGUGGACCACAUUCACUGUCGUCUCCCCCCUCUUUGACAGGAACACUCACCAGGUCUCGACCUGCUCCUAAACCCAGGCAGAGACCCAGCCUGCCGCCCCCCCAGCCCCCUUCAGUGCCCCCUGGACUCUUGGGACCCACCUCUGUGCCACAGCCCUUGGAGCAUGGCCUGAUGGAUGGUCUGUCGCCAGGAGAGAGCAUGUCCACAGAUAUCUUCAAUUAUGAAAUCCCCUCCAUCAAUGUCAAUCUGGACAGCCUCAUCGAUGAGUUCAGCGGCGCCCCCUGCAGGCGGUCCAUGGCCGUGACAGACUCUCCAGAAAGGGAUGCUGUGGCUGAGGAGGAGCCCCAGAGUACCACCCUAUGA